AUGUCUUCCGUCCUCACUUCUCCCUUCCUUUCCCUCCCAGCCGAGGUUCGGAAUCAAAUCUACGUCCUGGUAUUUUCCUCUCAUGUCCACCUAAACAGUCUCUCCUCGCAGACCUGGAAGUCCAAUGGGUAUCCCCUAAACUCCGUCGUCAACAACCUCUCCCUCCUCCUCACAUGCCGACAAGUUUACAAAGAAGCCAACCUACUCGCCUUCAGCCACACAAGAUUCCUCACCCUCCACCAGGAAUCUUCUAAUAUCUGUCGACUUCUCGAAGGAACUUGUAUGUCAGAAGAGAAGCUGAAUUGCAUCAAAUCCCUAGCAUUGGUCAUGCGUACCCCUAAAUCGGUUAGAGAAGAAAGCCUAUAUUACUUCACGGCCGCAACUACUGCUCAUGCCCACUGGGUUAUGGAGCAAUCUGUACAGAUCGGCCUUGCUCCGGCGCUGGCCAAACUUCAAGAUAUUACGAUCUACUUCUCACGUCGCUUUAAGGCGGAAGCAAAGGUAUUCGAAGACCUUUGCCUGAGGUCGGAGAAUCAAUGGGAGGAAAAACUGGAACAGCUCCAUCCCAACUUGAAUAUCCGGGUUCAGAGGCAAAUAGUGUCCUUUUUCCCAUUUGAGCCGUCGAGGGACGAUGACCGUGCAUUUGUCGAAUUCCUGGUGAGCUGGGAUGGAGCUACUGGGGAGUGGAGUCAAAGAAGAGUUCUAAAGAUCAACGUUGUCGUAAUGCAGAAUUUGAGUGAAGAGGUCGUGGCGGGUCUCCGCGACCUGGACCUCAAAAACUGGGGGAAGGAACGCGAAAUUCAAGCACAAAGUUCACCACACUCAAACACAGCUGCAAUCUCGACAUUGAGCCCAUGGGAUUGUUUACUCUCGUAG